UCUCUCUCGUCUUUCUCUGAUUACUCGGUAACUGAACAUGUUCACGGCGGCAGCUUCGUCAAGCGCGGGAAGGUGGCGGACGGCGUUUCUCUCUCUCAGGGACGAAAUCUUAAGCACCCCACCGCCGCUGAUUCCUCUGUUGCUUCAGGAUCUACUCUUCUCUCACUCUCAUUCCCUUCUGUCUGUCGUCUCUCUCCUCCCACCGCACGAGCUCACUUCGGAUUGCUUAUUCCUGCUCGAUUUGGUUUCCAAAGCUGAUGGUCCUGACUGGAUCGCUGUAUCUCUUCAUACUUGUCAAUUGAUACACGAUGUUUUUGCUCGUGUACUUGUGCAACAAAAUUCAUCGUCAUGGCCGCUCCUUCUUCACUCUUUUGCUAGUGUCUUGGAGUUUCUUCUGCGCCAACCAAUGCCUUCACCCUAUUCCUCUGCAUAUUUCUCCAGAAUCGAACCUGUGAACCAAUGUUUCGAGACUCUAAGACGUUUCGCGGCUCUGUACCACAGAAAUAGCUCCCAUCAGGAGAACAUUCACUUAGUCAACUUUCUCCUGCGCAUAAUUCCGUUACUACACCAGGAUUUAGUUGCGUCGUAUGGUUUCUCAAAUCAUGACCCUACUUUAGAUCUGGGUAAAAAGCUGCCUGAACAGAGUGGUAGCUUAUGGGAUGCCAUGGCUCUUGCCUUUGACAUGUUUGGUGGAGCAUUUUCUGUGUCUGAGUCUUUCUUUCCUAGUGACGUCUCCCAGUCCUCGCUGGAGGUUCUAAGGAAAGUAAUGGACGUCUUAGCAUCCAAGGGCCAGCUUGUCGAGGACCGAUCUAUGUGGAGCUUUUAUUCAUGCCUUCUAGACUGUGUGCACUUGGUCCUCACAAAUGUCAAAUGUCCGGUUUCUGAUCAUGUCUCGAGUUUUAUAGCGGCAUUGAGAAUGUUUUUCUGUUUUGGACUUACUGGCACACCUCACUUCUCUCAUUCAGAUGUUGUGCACAAGGAUAAGCAGUUGGAUGUCAAGCUUUCCACAUUAAAGUCUGGAGUAAGUAAGAACGCCAAAAAUACUCCUUAUAGGCCUCCCCACUUGCGCAAGAGGGAUGAAUUGAACUCUAAGCUGCCGGUGUCUUGUGACUGGCGGCGCCUGUCUGCUCAUGAUUCUGCUAGUUCUGAUGUUUUAUCAUCAGAUUCUGAUUUUAGUGACAGUGACGGAUCUAUAAGGGAUUCUUAUUGUUCCCAAAGCUCUAAGGUUAGGAGAGCUGCGCUUGUUUGCAUACAGGAUCUUUGCCAAGCUGAUUCGAAGUCAUUUACCACCCAGUGGAUGGCACUCUUUCCAACCAGUGAUGUACUGAAGCCAAGGAAGUUUGAAGCUACUCUUAUGACUUGCUUGCUUUUUGAUCCUCAUUUGAAGGUAAGGAUAGCAUCUGCGUCAGCUCUUGCCACCAUGAUGGAUGGGCCUUCAUCUAUUUUCCUUCAAGUGGCAGAGUACAAGGAAUCCACCAAGUAUGGAUCGUUCAUGCCCCUCUCAAAUUCCCUUGGUCUAAUAUUAAUGCAACUUCACACUGGCAUUCUACAUUUGAUUCACCGUGAUAAUCAUGGUAGAUUGUUGAUUCAGCUGUUCAAGAUCCUCUUACUUCUGAUAUCAAGCACACCUUACUCGAGAAUGCCAGGAGAAUUGCUGCCAAAAGUUAUAAUGUCUCUGCAUGGUAGGAUUAAUGAGGGGUUUCCUUUCAAAAAUGAUAAAACUGGUCUGCUGGUUUUGGCAAUAGGUUGCCUGACAGCUGCAUUCUCUACCUUUCCUCCUCAAAUGAAAGUACAUAAUAUGCUUUUGGAUGAGACAUCAGCAGUCGUUUCAGGAUUCGAGGGAUGUGAAUGGAAGUCAGGUGUUCUUUGUACUUUAUUUCGUUUUGCUGAGCAAUUUUCUGACUCAUCAACAUGCGUUGAGGCUCUUCAGGCCCUCCGAGCUAUGGCUCUCAAUUACCCGACCGUAGUGUCAGCAUAUUGGGAACGGAUCUCUGUCCUCGUUUAUAAACUCUUGCAGUGUGCUGUUGUUGAAUAUCCUGCAACGACAUGGAAAGCUUCAGUUAGAGAACCUGUUGGAUAUAUUGGGGAUAAAGUCCUCACAGCUGCUAUUAAGGUUUUGGAUGGAUGCCUUCGCGCAAUAUCUGGAUUUAAGGGAACAGAGGAUCUUCAGUACGAUAGAUUAAUGGAUACACCAUUUACAUCUGACUGCUUAAGGUCAAUAAGAAUUUCAUCUGCACCAUCAUAUGGAUUUGAAAAUCCUGAAUUUGUUCAAGAGCCAAUUUUUCAGGCAGGAUGUUACCAAUGGUCUGAGGCUAUUCGUAAACAUAUAGUUCUGGUGUUACAACAUGGUUCUGCGGUGGUGAGGAGCACUGCGGUUACUUGCUUUUCUGGUAUUACAUCCUCCAUAUUUGUCUCUUUCAAUAAGCAGGAAAAGGAUUUUAUUACUUCAUCAAUUAUAACCGCUGCAUUGCAUGACAAAACACCUUCAGUCAGAUCAGCAGCUUGCCGAGCUAUUGGUGUAAUUUCAUGUUUUCCAGAAACUUCUUUAAGUGUGGGGAUAUAUGAAAAUUUUAUCUUAGCUGUUGAAGCGAAUACCCGCGAUCCUUUGAUCUCGGUGCGUAUAACGGCAUCCUGGGCUUUGGCCAAUGUAUGCGAAGCUCUGCGUUACCGUGUCGAUGGUAGGUCCUUUGAAGUAGGAUCAAAUACAACUUCUCUAGUUGUGGACGCACUAAUAGAAUGUGCUUUGCGUCUUACUGAGGAUGCGGACAAGGUCAAAGCCAAUGCAGUUCGGGCACUGGGGAGUAUUUCAAAAUAUGUAAAAUUGAGAUGCAUGACAAGUAACCACGAGGUUUUACCUUUGCCUCAUCACCAUUCAUCAAAUUCUCACCAUCUAUCUUGCGCGGUUGAUUCAAGCUGGUUGGAGAGGGCCGUGCAAGCAUUUAUUUCCAGUGUUACUACUGGUAAUGUUAAGGUAUACCUUAAUAAGUAGAAUUAAACGAGAUAGUCGUCAU